AUGGCAAUCUUUAAUAGUAGAGUCGGCAUGAUCCACAUGUUUCUUAUGUUUUCUCUUUACUUAUCAGUUUUUGGCUUUGUUGGAGUCAAAUCAUUGGGAAUAAACUAUGGUCGAGUAGGCAAUAAUUUGCCACAGCCGGAAAAGGUACUUGAUCUGCUUACAUCUCUUAAAAUUACAAAAAUAAGAAUUUAUGACACAAAUCCCAAAGUUUUGACUGCAUUCGCCAAUUCCAACAUUGAAUUGGUAGUCACGGUUGAAAAUGAGUUGCUCCCUCAGUUAAUGGAUCAAGUACAAGCCUUUCAAUGGGUUACCACCCAUAUCAAGCCGUAUUUUCCUGCCACUAGAAUUACCGGGAUCGCAGUAGGAAAUGAAAUAUUCACCCAGAAAGAUAAUACCCUAUUAGCGUCUCUUGUCCCAGCCAUGGUCAACAUUCAUGGUGCUCUAUUCCAGUUAGGAUUAGACUCAAAUAUUCAAGUUUCUACACCUAAUUCUAUAGAGGUUCUUGAAGAAUCAUAUCCGCCCUCGGCCGGGAUUUUCAAAAGCAACAUAUAUAGUACCAUGAUACCACUUCUACAGUUCUUGUGGAAAACCAAAGCUCCCUUUUGGAUCAACGCUUAUCCAUUUUUUGCUUAUAAGUACAACCCAAAUAGUAUUUCUCUGGAUUAUGUUCUCUUCCGUUCUACAACAAGAAUCAUAGACAACCACACCAACCUACAAUAUGACAAUAUGUUGUAUGCUCAAGUAGAUGCAGUCAUAUUUGCUAUUACUAGGAUGGGCUUUGGUGGAAUGGAUGUUCAAGUUUCUGAGACUGGUUGGCCAUCAAAAGGGGACCCCGAUGAAAUUGGUGCAACCUUAGAGAAUGCAGCUACUUACAAUGAGAAUUUGGUGAGACGGCAACUGGAAAAUGAAGGAACACCUUGGAGGCCUAAUAUAGGGCUUGAAGUUUAUUUAUUUGCUUUGUUCAAUGAGAAUUUGAAGCUUGGGCCAACAUCGGAAAGGAAUUAUGGUCUCUACCAACCUAAUGGAACCAUGUGUUACAAUGUAGGGCUCCCUGCCCUAUCAAGUAUGCCCAAUGGUCAUACUUCCUCUGCUGUAAAGGCAGCAAACAUGGAAUGUCAAAGCAUGGUGCACUCAAUGUUUGUCUCUUUGGUGAUCUUCCAAGUUUUCAUGAGAAGACCAUAUUAA